GAGUGAAAUUAUGUUUUGUGAUAUUGUCGAUAUUGAUACAUUUCAUGGGAGAAUCAAAGCCACCCGCGUGCGAGAGAAUCAGACAAAAGAGAGAGUGUGCAUUCAAAUGACCAAUUUAUUCUCGAUUUUGUAAGGAUUCUUACCCCAAAUAAAUACCACAAGAAUUUUGGUCUCUGGAAUUCGAAGAUUGCGUUGUUGGGUUGUGGGGGCAAAACUGCAAAAAGAUGAAAUCAAAGCAGCAGCAGAAGCAAGCAGAUUUGUCAUGAAAGGUACCAUCAAAGGCACAAAGGGUCCGUACGCUUCUCAGUCUCCAGACCAAAAGCUUUUUUUGCUAAACUCUCUAAUUUAUAAUUAAUCUAGAGAGAGAAAGUGGGUUAUUGAGGGGGGAGAGAGAGAUAAGAGUUUGGAAGAGGAUGUUUGGAUUGAGAGAAGGGUCUUGCUUUCCGAGGGUGUUGGUGGGAGUGAAUGUGGGUCUUGCUCUGGUUGAUGGCAUUAUAGCAUUUCUUGCAUUUUAUCAGUUAAUUAGAAUUCACUUGAGGAAUUCACAACUGGGUUGGACUCGGCAAAAAGUUUUUCAUCUGUUGAUUGGCUCUUCUAAUUUGGGUUGCUUAAUUUAUUUUGUAUUAACUCUUUUUGCUGCUUGCAAGGGGUGGCAAUGUUGGUCUAACUCUUGUGGUUUUAGCCUCAUGGCAUUGCCCGAAAUUCUGUUUUUUGCUGCAUUUCUUCUACUUUUAUCUUUCUGGGUUGACCUGUGCCAUCAGGCAGAUGAUGAGGAUGAGGAGGAUGAAGGGAGUUUUCGGGAAGCUUUGUUGGAGAAGACUUUUAGCAAACCGAAUUCAUUGGACCGAGAUAGUUAUCGAAACUGUUUUCCUCUGCGAUUUGUUCAUAUUGGAAGCCGCCAGAGAAUUGUAAUUAUGGUGACCGUGCUAGUUUUCGUUAUAAUGAUAGCAAGUGCAGUGAUAAUUUGGAUCGGGAUGGGAAAAAAUUCUAUUGAUUCUGCACUGGUGGCUCGGGUAUAUGUGGAUCUCUUUGCAAUAGCUAUACUAGUAUUGGGAGGAGCAUUAGCGUGUUAUGGGCUCCUAUUAUGCCUAAGGAUGAGAAAUGUUAGAUCAGAGAGAGCUUCUUCUGAGAUGUGGAAGGUUGCAUGUCUAGCUGUUGUUUCCAUAUUAUGUUUCACCUCAAGUUCUUUCGUGGCUCUGUUAACUGAUAUUCCUAUGUUUUACGAUUGGCAUCAACUGCAUAUGAAUGAUGUUUAUACUUCUCUUUUACUGAUUUUAUAUUACUUUGUAGGUUCAUCAAUACCCUCAGCCUUGGUCUUAUGGGUCGUGAGAGAAUUACCACCCUCAAUAACAGCUAACAUACGAGAAGAACCAUCAACAAUAACCUUUGUCAGUGGCGGUUCCACAACAUUACAACAUCCUCAAAGCUGGACAGCUGCAAUGAGCUUGCGGAACCAGGUGCAGAUAUCAAGAGCAAGUCCCAUAUAACACUUCCCCCGAAUGGAAAUAGAAGAGUCUUACUAACGUUCCUGAGUGCGAAGCAUGUCCUUGCUCUCGAAAUUUAUGAAGUGAGCUGGAAUCAGUGAACAACAGACCAGAUAACGACUGUGACAUCCUUGACCGCAGUUUUGUCCGGAAAUUUGUGUACAGCCUGAAGUCGCCGUUGCGAUGGUUUUUUGACAAUUCAGGGAUGUAAAUAGCAACAAUAUGCUAAUUAAGGGAUUCUUUUUGCUACAAAAGUAUUUUGAUGUGCUUCAUUAAAUUUUCAUUGAAGUUGAAAGAAAAAGAUUACGCCCUUG